UAUUUUCAUUUGGUAAAUAAAUGUCCAACGAAAGAGUCUUGCUUUGGAUAAGAGGAGCCGCUGCCAGGACCCUUCGAGGACUCCUGGCGCUGCUCUGGAUGGUCUUGGCUGGCUGCGGCAGGUACUUCGGUCGCUUAAGGGAUGUCGUUGCGCAGGCAGGAGCCGAAACUGGACUCCUGGCGCUGAGCUUGUGCGUCAACAGAAGUAUCCAUCUGCUGGAGCGGCUGUUUUGGCUGGCGGUGGUCAUAAGCAGUGUGAUCGCCGCCCUGGUGCUCAGUCGCCUCCAGUUGGAGCGAUACUUCAGCUCGCCCACCGUGAUCUCCGUGGACCGAGACUACCGCGGCUGGAAUGGUUCCCUUCCAGCAGUCACGCUGUGCUACUACGACCACAUCGACUCCUUCAAGGCCAAUGAGUACAUACAGGAGGUGUGGAAUGUGUCCAUCAUCGACGAGGACUACUUCUACUUCAUGGACUUCCUGUACGCUGUGGUGAACGCCACCGCGGGCAACUACGCCGAGUUGGCCAAGUUCGCGGAGGACGAGCGCUUCGACCAGAUAGACCUGUACGAGAUGAUCCAGCGGGUGGACAGGCCCUUCGAGCAGGUCAUCAGCAGCUUCGACGCCGGCUUCCAGGUCCACGUCCAGAGGGUGAUGACGGAGCGCGGAGCCUGCUACGCCAUCAACUCCCCCAUGUCUACGGUGCUGAGUGGCCAACCCGUUGCCUACGAGCUGAUGCCGCAACCCCUGUCCUGCCAGUAUGGAAAGCAGCAGUGCUACAUCCGCAUGGAUUUGUAUGAGAGCACGGGCGUGCUGGACGUGCACUCCCCUUUUGAGGUUUCGGCCACAGAGGCGAACAUUGUGGCCCUCCACAAGUCCGACGAGAUAACCGCCUCGUUCAAGGUGCUGGAAACGGUGGCAUCGAAGAACUUGCGCCAACUGAGCGUCGCCCAGCGCAAGUGUGUAUUCAACAACGAGGAGACGUCCAACCUAAAGAUCUACAGUAAGUCCCUGUGCCUGGCCAGAUGUCGCGCGGUGAUGGCCCUCGAGAUGUGCAACUGCGUGCCCUUCUUCUACCCGUACGUGGAUGGACCCAGCUGCAAUCCCGCCGGAUUCGAGUGCCUGCUGGACUUCAAGUGGCCCAUCUGGGCGCUGCACAUCUGCAAGUGCCCCUCCACCUGCACCGAGAUCGAGUACACCAUGCAGACGGUGAAGAAGAGCUCGUGGGGCGUGAAGAACAACGAGGAGGUGGCCAGCAGCGAGACCGCCACCUCCAGCUUCCGCUGGGAUCUGAUCCCACCCAAGGUGCGCAUGCGACGGGAUGUGGUCUACAGCUUCGAGGACUUAGUGGUAUCCUUUGGAGGAGUCCUGGCCCUCUUCGUGGGCGUCAGUGUGAUGGGCCUGGUGGAGAUGGUUCAUGUGCUCGUCCACAACUUGCUGCUGGACGUGUUCACGCUGCUCCGCAUGGUGUGGGUUCGACUGCGGCGCUUCUGGCGAAGAGACGACCACAAGCGGGAGGCCAACCAGCACGACCAUGCCCAUGCCCAUGCCCGACUGCAUGACUUCAACGAGCGCCUCUCUUUGGCUGCCACCGCUGAACUGCCUCCGUUCGACUACGUGAAUUGAUAAGCG